CUGGUCACACUGGUGGUCGCCGUAGGUUCUUCAACUUAAUCAUACAAAAAUGCAGUAAAAAGGCUUUAAACAGUCAAAAACAACAGAAAAUGGCCACGCAAAAGCCGGGCGAGUGGGCGAGUGCCCUACUGGCGCGCUUCGAGGAUCAGCUGCCGAACCGUAUCGGUGCUUAUGGGACACAAGCACGUAUGAGCCAGGACCAACUGGUGGCAUGCCUCAUACACAUCUCGCGCUACCGCUUCUCGUUAGUCAUCUCGGGCCUAACCAAAAUGCUGCAGCGCGUCAACGAAGCUGCACUACAAAACCGCUAUGAACCGGAACGUUGCUAUUUCGAAUCUCUGGUCAUCAUUUUGACCACCCUGGAGCGUUGUCUUACCAAUCAAACCAAAGAUACCGCGCGGUUUGAGGAGGCAAUGAAUGUGAAACUGCUGCUGCGUGAAAUUUCACAAUUUGUGGAUGUGCAGAGCGACAGUAAUCCUAAUGCGGCACAGCUAAAGGCGCUGGCCUCCAAAGUGCUGUUUGCCCUGUCCCAAAAUCACUUUUCGGCAGUAUUUAAUCGCAUCUCGGCGAGGAUUCAGGAGUUGACAUCGUGCUCGGAGGAGAAUCCCGAUUACAAUGAUAUCGAAUUAAUACAACAUAUCGAUAUGGACAUGAUUAAGCUUACCAAGCUGCUGCAAGAAACUAUCACAAAGUUUCGCUCUAAGCGUGCGCCGCCUUUGAUUUUACUCUACUCCCUGGAGAAGGCUAUUUGGAACUGGAUUGAGUAUCAUCCACAGGAGUUUCAAGACUUGCAGCGCGGCACCAAUCGCGAUAUAUCCACAUGCUGGGAGCCACUCCUCGACUUUGUCGAGUACUUCAAGACCGAGAAUAAGAAAAGCAAGACCAUGGUCUGGCCUUUGCAGAUGCUGCUGUUGAUAUUGAAUCCCUCCAGCCUGGAGGCCACCGUCAACGAGCUGCAGCAGUCUGAAAAGGAGAAAGAGAAGGAAAAGGUGCCCUCAAAGUCCACACAGUCGGCAUCUCGGGACAAGGACAAGGACUUUUCGGCCAGGCAGUUUAUUGAGAGCAUUAAGCGUGGCUUGGGCCAGCAUUCGCCAUCGAAGCAGGUCACCGAAUCUUCAGCGAUUGCCUGCGUGAAGCUAUGCAAGGCCUCCACGUACAUUAAUAUUACGGACUCGAACAAUGUAGUCUUCAAGCUGGUUCAAUAUUUCAUCAAUGAUUUGAAGGCGUUGCUGUUCAAUCCGGCCAAACCGUUCUCACGCGGUCAAGGCUAUAACUUUGCCGACAUUGAGCUAAUGAUUGACUGCUGGGUGUCAUGUUUCCGCAUUAGUCCGCACAAUAUUGAGGCGCUGAAAGUGUGCCUGAAUCUGUCAUCGCCGCAGGCCUAUCAUUUUGUUAUUGUGUGCUCGCUUUUGAGAUUGGCUCACAUAUACGUGGAUUUUCGCCUGCAAAACAAGAAUCCCUUUCGCAUUGUCAACCAACCGCGUCUGUCCUGGUGGCCACAGACCGAAGUCGUCCACUAUCGCUCUGCCGAGCUGCGUGCUCUUUUUACGGAUACGCUAAACAAGGCCACGCAGGGGUACAUUGCGCACACACCGCUGCGCUACAUUACCUCCCUGACGCUUAAGUCCAAGGACACACAAAAGGGGCUGACACGCGCCGAGGAGGGACCGGCCCACAAAAUGCUACUGUUGCUGCUGGUGCGACUGAUACACGCUGAUCCCACUCUGCUGCUGAAUACCCAAGGAAAAGUGGCACAUGAGGUGCAAAGCUCCACUCUAGAGCUAAUCAAUGGUUUGGUCAGUCUAGUGCAUCAAACCACCAUGCCAGAUGUGGCACAGGAGGCCAUGGAAGCACUGCUGGCGCUGCAUGCACCAGAGAAGAUUGAAGUCUGGAAUCCCGAGGCGCCCAUCAACACUUUCUGGGACGUCAGCUCCCAAGUGUUGUUCUCCAUUUCGCAGAAGCUCAUCCAGCAUCAGAUAGCCAACUAUACGGAUGUGCUAAAGUGGCUGCGCGAGAUAUUGAUCUGCCGCAAUACGUUCCUGCAGCGGCACAAGGACUACGCUCACGUGGGCAGUCAGAUAGCCAUCUGCAAGCAGGCGCACAUCAAAAUGGAGGUGGUGUUCUUUAUGUAUUUGUGGAGCGUCGACUUGGAUGCGGUGCUGACAUCACUCUCGUGUUUUGGGCUGCUCUGCGAAGAGGCAGAGAUAUGCUGCAGCUCGGACGAAUUGACAGUGGGCUUCAUAAUGCCCAAUUAUCACAUAUAUCAGGAGUUGGCGCAGCUGUCCACUUCUGCAACAGAUACGCGCAUUUGCUUCUUUGACAACACACAUGGCAAUGUGUUGAGCCGCUUGACACUGCAGAAACGCAUCAUGACGCUGCUGCGCAAGAUUGAGCAUUGUGUCCAUGGUGUGCAGCCCGCCUGGGAAGAGACCUUUCGCAACUGGGAGGUGUCCAGCAAGGUGCUGCAAACAUAUCCCAAAUGCAAGGGCGAAGAUGGACAGGCAGAGGUCUUUCAUCGGGGCAUGGGCAAGCGUAGGGCUAGUCAUCAGAGUUCCGAGCACGAUCUGGAGGAACAAAUCAACGAAUGGGCCAACAUGACUUGGUUCCUGCUGGCCCUAGGCGGCGUUUGUCUGCACAAACGCUGCAGCAGCCGUCAGACAUUGCUGCAGCAGUCGCCGAAUAAUGCCUCCCUGGGCUCUCUGGCUCAAACAUCGCUGUAUUCGAGCUCCACCAGCUCUGGGCAUGGCUCAUUGCAUCCCAGCACCGUAUCACUGUCGACACUGCCACCAGCACCGCCACAGGAUGUCAGCUAUUGCCCCGUGACGCAAUUCAUUGGCCAACUGUUGCGUUUGCUCGUGUGCAGCAACGAGAAGAUUGGCCUCAACAUACAGAAGAAUGUCAAAGAGCUGGUGGGCGAGGAAAUGUCCACCCAGCUGUAUCCCAUACUCUUCGAUCAGAUUCGGGCCAUUGUGGAGAAGUUCUUUGACCAGCAGGGCCAAGUGAAUGUCAAUGUAACGGACAUUAAUACGCAAUUUAUUGAGCACACAAUCUACAUCAUGAAAUCAAUACUGGACCCCAAGGCCAGCAAGGAUCCCAACAACGAGCAGCCGUCGCCCUCGGAGCACUUGGGCGUGACGAGCAUUGAGGGCAUGAUGCUGGGGAUUGUGCGUUAUGUACGCCAUCUGGACAUGACCGUCUAUGCCAUAAGAGUGAAAACCAAACUCUGCCAGCUGGUGGAGGUAAUGAUGAAGCGACGCGACGAUCUGGCCUUCCGUCAAGAAAUGAAGUUUCGCAACAAGCUGGUGGAAUACCUCACCGACUGGGUAAUGGGCACCUCCCAUCAGAUUGCACCGCCCAGCUCCGCGGAUGCUGCCAUAUUGACAAACACAUCGCUGAUCUUUCGAGACUUGGAUCAGGCGUGCAUGGAGGCAGUGGCUGCGCUACUACGAGGUCUUCCGCUGCAGCCAGAGGAAUCGGAUCGUGGCGAUCUAAUGGAUGCAAAGAGUGCGCUCUUUUUAAAAUAUUUUACGCUGUUCAUGAACCUACUGAAUGAUUGCAUCGACAGCUCGGAGGCCGAGAAGGAGCUGAACAACACACCGUUGCUGCCGCCAAGGCCACGCAUGGCUGCCGGCAAGCUGACGGCACUGAGAAAUGCCACCAUCCAAGCCAUGUCCAAUCUGUUGGGUGCCAACAUCGACUCUGGUCUGAUGCACUCGAUUGAUUUGGGUUAUAAUCCCGAUCUGCAGACGCGUGCAGCUUUCAUGGAAGUCCUCACACAAAUCCUGCAACAGGGCACAGAGUUUGACACGCUGGCGGAGACGGUGCUGGCCGAUCGCUUCGAGCAGUUGGUUCAGCUGGUGACGAUGAUCAGCGACAAGGGUGAGCUUCCCAUUGCCAUGGCACUGGCCAAUGUGGUAACGACCUCCCAAAUGGAUGAACUGGCGCGCGUUCUCGUCACCCUGUUCGAUGCAAAGCACUUGCUGUCGCCGCUGCUGUGGAACAUGUUCUAUCGCGAAGUGGAGGUCUCCGACUGCAUGCAGACGUUAUUUCGAGGCAACUCGCUUGGCAGCAAGAUUAUGGCAUUUUGCUUCAAGAUCUAUGGUGCCAGCUACUUGCAAAUGCUGCUGGAGCCGCUCAUACGCCCACUGCUGGAUGAACAGGAGGUGACGUGUUUUGAGGUGGAUCCCGCACGGCUGGAAGCUGGCGAGGAUAUCGAACAGCAUCGCAAUAAUUUGAUUGCACUGACCCAAAAAGUUUUUGAUGCCAUAACCAACUCUUCGGAUCGCUUUCCGCCACAGCUGCGCUCCAUGUGCCAUUGUUUGUACCAGGUGCUGAGCAAGCGCUUUCCGAAUCUGCUCCAAAACAACAUUGGGGCCGUGGGCACAGUCAUCUUUUUAAGGUUCAUAAAUCCAGCUAUAGUUUCUCCCCAGGAACUUGGCAUCGUGGAUAAGCAGGUGCACAGCUCGGCCAAACGGGGUCUCAUGUUGAUGUCAAAGAUACUACAGAAUAUUGCCAAUCAUGUGGAGUUCUCCAAAGAACAGCACAUGUUGUGCUUCAACGAUUUUCUGCGCGAUCACUUCGAGGCUGGUCGUCGAUUCUUCAUACAGAUUGCCUCGGAUUGCGAGACCGUAGAUCAGACAUCGCAUAGCAUGAGCUUCAUUUCGGAUGCGAAUGUUUUGGCGCUGCAUCGACUACUGUGGACGCAUCAGGAGAAGAUUGGGGACUAUCUGUCAAGCAGUCGCGAUCACAAGGCGGUGGGCAGGCGACCAUUUGAUAAAAUGGCCACACUCUUAGCCUAUCUAGGCCCGCCGGAGCACAAGCCCGUGGAUUCGCACAUGAUGUUCAGUUCGUAUGCACGCUGGAGCUCCAUUGAUAUGUCUUCCACUAACUUUGAGGAGAUAAUGGUCAAGCAUCAGAUGCACGAGAAGGAGGAGUUCAAGACGCUCAAGUCGAUGAAUAUAUUCUAUCAGGCGGGCACCAGCAAAUCGGGUUAUCCCGUUUUUUACUAUAUAGCCAGGAGAUACAAAAUUGGCGAGACAAAUGGGGAUCUAUUGAUCUACCAUGUCAUACUCACAUUGAAGCCGUUUUGCCACUCACCCUUCGAGGUGGUCAUUGACUUCACGCACACCUGCUCGGAUAAUCGCUUUCGCACAGAGUUCCUGCAGAAGUGGUUCUAUGUUUUGCCUACUGUCGCCUAUGAGAAUGUCCAUGCGGUGUACAUUUACAACUGCAAUUCGUGGGUGCGAGAGUAUACAAAGUUCCACGAUCGCAUAUUGGCUCCAUUGAAGGGCAAUCGCAAGUUGAUGUUCCUGGAGUCACCGAACAAGCUGACGGACUAUAUUGAUGCGGAGCAGCAGAAGCUGCCAGGUGCCACACUCUCGCUGGAUGAGGAUCUCAAGGUGUUUAGCAAUGCUUUGAAGCUGAGCCACAAGGACACAAAGGUUGCUAUUAAAGUUGGUCCCACCGCACUGCAGAUUACGUCGGCGGAAAAGACCAAAGUGCUGGCCCAUUCGGUGCUGCUGAAUGAUGUCUACUAUGCCUCGGAGAUUGAGGAGGUUUGCCUGGUGGACGACAAUCAGUUUACGCUGUCGAUAACAAACGAAAGUGGGCAGCUAAGUUUCAUCCACAAUGACUGCGACAACAUUGUGCAGGCCAUUAUACACAUACGCAAUCGGUGGGAGCUAAGUCAGCCAGAUUCGGUGACGGUACACCAAAAGAUCAGGCCGAAGGAUGUGCCAGGCACGCUUCUUAAUAUGGCCCUGCUGAACCUCGGCUCUUGUGAUCCCAAUCUGCGAACAGCUGCCUACAACCUGCUGUGCGCUUUGACAGCCACCUUUGACCUGAAGAUUGAGGGACAACUGCUGGAGACGCAGGGGUUGUGCAUACCCUCAAACAACACAAUCUUCAUAAAGUCGGUCAGCGAGAAGCUGGCCACCAAUGAGCCGCAUUUGACACUGGAGUUUCUGGAGGAAUCCAUUCAGGGCUUCCAGCGCAGCACCAUCGAGCUGAAGCAUUUGUGUUUGGAGUACAUGACGCCCUGGCUGAAGAAUCUCGUCAAGUUCUGCAAGUCCAAUGACGAUGCCAAGAAGCUAAAAGUUUCGCAGAUCCUGGACAAGCUGAUCAAUCUCACCAUAGACCAAAAGGAGAUGUACCCAUCGGUGCAGGCCAAAAUCUGGGGUUCCAUUGGUCAAAUACCGGAGCUCAUUGACAUGGUGCUGGAUAAUUUUCUGCACAAAUCGAUUACGUACGGCCUGGGCUCGCCGCAGGUGGAGAUUAUGGCCGAUACUGCUGUGGCUUUGGCUUCGGCCAACGUGCAGUUGGUGUCCAAGAAGGUAAUCACGCGCAUGUGUCGUGUGAUGGACAAAUCGUGCACGAAUCCCACACAAUAUCUGGAGCAGCACAUGAUGUGGGAUGAUAUUGCCAUACUUGGACGCUAUCUGUUGAUGUUGUCGUUCAACAACUGCUUGGAUGUGGCUACUUCGGUACCGUACUUAUUCCACACCAUCACGUUUUUGGUCUGCUCUGGUUCGCUGUCGAUGCGAGCUUCCACGCAUGGUCUGGUCAUCAAUAUCAUUCACUCGCUGUGCACCUGCACGAACCCCUCCUUUUCGGAGGAGGCGCAACGUGUGCUGAGACUCUCACUGGAUGAAUUCUCGCUGCCAAAAUUCUACCUACUCUUUGGCAUCAGCAAGGUCAAGUCGGCGGCAGUCACCGCGUUCCGGUCCAGCUGCCGCCAUCCCACGGACAAGUGGCUGGGCAAUGAGCGCGUCACACAACCAUUGCCUGCGGAUCGGGAGCGCCUUUCGCUGCCCUCACUGGAGGUUAUUACUGAUGCCCUACUGGAGAUAAUGGAGGCCUGCAUGCGCGAUGUCUCCGACUGCGAAUGGCUGCAAACUUGGACCUCGUUGGCUCGCAGCUUUGCCUUCUGCUACAAUCCGGCGCUGCAGCCGCGCGCCCUCAUUGUCUAUGGCUGCAUCAGCAAGAGUGUGACGGAUCACGAGGUGAAGCAACUGCUGCGCAUUCUGGUCAAAGCGUUGGAAUCAUUUAAUGAUCUUAUACUAAUCGAAGCACUGGUCAUGUGCCUGACGCGCAUUCAACCACUGCUUCGACCCGAAUCGCCCAUUCACCGUGCCCUCUUCUGGGUGGCCAUCUCAGUGCUGCAACUGGACGAGAUUACGCUCUAUGGUGCUGGCCUAGCACUGCUCGAGCAGAAUCUACACACGCUCAAGUCCCAAGGAUGUUUUGACAAGAAGGAAACCAUAGCCGAGGUCAUGAUGAAGACACGCGAGAAGCUCGAGUGGCAUUUCAAGCAGCUGGACCAUGCCGUCGGUCUGUCAUUCCGUAGUAACUUUCACUUUGCUUUGGUGGGGCAUUUGAUUAAGGGCUUCCGUCAUCCUACACCGACUACUGUAUCGCGCACAUCACGUGUGCUAACCAUGCUGCUGGGCAUCAUAGCCAAGCCGCUGCGUCGCGACAAGUUCGAGGUAACCCCUGACAGUGUGGCAUAUCUCACGGCGCUGGUGGCAGUGUCCGAGGAGGUGCGCUCACGUUGUCAUGUGAAGCAUGCACUGCCACGCUGGCCCGCCGAUCUGAGCGUAGAGAAUGCAGAAACGUCUAAUGGAGGAGUUCAGGCUAUUGGCCAGCCCUUAUCCCGCCGACAAAAGAGCUGGGACAUACUCGAUCAGUCUGCGUUGCAGUUUGCACGCCAGCACAAGGUUCCCACGCUACAGAAUGCGCGAGUUUUAUUCAAAACUCAACGCUCAUUCUCGGUCCCAACAACCAAAGAUCCGAGCAAUGUAGCCGGCAUCGAAGAACGUCAGGAACGCGGCUCACGGUCUUCGGUAUCCAACGAGUCGAAUGUUUUACUAGAUCCCGAAGUCCUACCCGAUUUAUCCAUACAAGCCCUGGUGCUAACGGUGCUGGCUACAUUGGUUAAGUACUCCUCGGAGGAGGUUGAAACACGCGUAUUGUAUCAGUAUUUAGCCGAAGGAUCUGUUGUCUUUCCUAAAGUAUUUCCAGUCAUCCACUCGUUGCUGGACCAAAAGAUCAACAAUAUAUUGUCAGUGUCGCACGAUCAGGUUGUGCUCAACUCGGUGCAGAAUAUUAUCCAAAAUAUGCUGGCCAGCGAGGAUCCCUCACAGCAGCAGUUGCACUUUCUACAGAGCUGCGGUUUUGGUGGACUUUGGCGUUUUGCUGGUCCAUUUACCAAGUACAACAUGAUGGGUGAAUCAUCAGAGCUAUUUGUCAACUGCUUGGAGGCCAUGGUUGAGACUUGCUUGCCCGGCGAUGAAACUGCACCAGUGCCACCCUCUCCACGUCCUUACAACCUUAGCUCCAGCCUGAGCAGCCUGACCAUGGGCUCACCUACGGAUAAGGCUGCAUGAAUACCAACUACAGACCCUCGCACUAGACGCACCACACUUGUCGCAAUAGUAAUGCGUUUCCUAAAUCUAUUUAAGAAGUACUUUUAGUGAAAGGACAACACCAAACCACACCACUCCCACAGAAAGUCGUACAAAAAAAAGCUAUAGAAUGUUUAUAUAUUGAUACAUGUAUAUUGCCUAGAGAGAAGAUAUGUACAGCGAGCGGCAGAUGUGAGAGAGCGUUAAAAGAUAAGUGUAAAAAUGUUGUGUAUAUAUGUAUGUAUGUAUGUGGACUUGUAGAAUGGAUACGGGAAAGGAAAGGUCUUCAACUGCAACUGCAACCACAUAAUAGAUGGACGAAGCGGAAAUAUUUUUUACCGCAGAUCGAUUGUUACGUUUUAAAUAUAUUUUGUAGAGCACGUAA